AUGAAUUCACAUUUAAUCAAACGAAAUAUAUUACCAGACGUUCGUAACAAUGUUUUACGACGUUUAUUUUUUAAAAAUUAUUCGAGACGAUAUUCUUCUUUAAUUAACAGUGAUGUACAAGAGACGAGACAUAUACCAGAACUUGAACUUACGGCAAUACAACUCAUUCACGAAGCUACUGGAGCAAAACAUUUACAUAUAGCACGAGAAGAUAAUAAUAAUGUUUUUGGUGUAGGAUUUUCAACUCCACCUACCAAUAAUUGUGGGACUUGUCAUAUUUUGGAACAUACCACAUUAUGUGGUAGUGAAAGAUUUCCGGUUAGAGAUCCAUUCUUUAAAAUGUUAAAUCGUAGUUUAGCAAAUUUUAUGAAUGCAUUUACUGAUGUUUAUAUGGAUGCAACAUUACAUCCUAAUUUGAAAGAAUUAGAUUUUAAACAAGAAGGAUGGAGAUUGGAACAUGAAAAUCCUCUAGGUGUUGUCUAUAAUGAAAUGAAAGGACAAAUGGUACAACAAGAAAUGUUUCCAAAUACUAUAUAUGGAUAUAAUAGUGGCGGAGAACCUAAAUAUAUUACCGAUUUGACAUAUGAAGAACUCUUGAAUUUUCAUAAAUCACAUUAUCAUCCUAGUAAUGCUAAAAUUUAUACAUAUGAUCAUUUAAUAGCAAUUAAUGAAAAAAUCAAGGGAUUCGGAAAAAUAGCACCAGAUGAGGGUAUUAAAGUUGCCAAACCAUUUGAGUUUCCACAAAGAGUGAAAUUUAAUGGACCACUUGAUCCAAUGAAUAGUCCAGAAAAACAAACCAAAUUUUCAAUAUCAUAUUUGACAAAUGAUAUUACAGAUGUAUUUGAAACAUUUGCAUUAAAAUUAUUUUCCUAUUUAUUACUUGAUGGACAUUCAUCUCCAAUGUAUAAAGCAUUGAUAGAUACAAAUAUUGGUUCUGAUUUUUCAGAAAAUACAGGAUAUGAUGAUUCUACAAGUUCAUUAUCUAUUGGAUUACAAGGAAUGAAAUCUCAAGAUAUAGAGUUGGCGGAAAAAACCAUUAGAAAAGUUCUUGAGGAUAUACAUAAAAAUGGAUUUGAUUCUAAGCGCAUUGAAGCUGCUUUACACCAAACUGAAUUAAGCAAAAAACAUCAGAUCUUUUGGAAAUUAAUAAGGUUAGAAAUCAUAAAAGAAAAACUUAAAUCUGGUCCAUUCUUUCAAUCUCUCGUUGAAAAAUAUUUCUUCAAUAAUCCACAUAUUCUCACUUGUAUAAUGGAACCAGAUUCAAAUUUUACUCAAGAACUUAAUCAAGAGGAAGAAAAACGUUUAGAAUCAAAAAUAAAUUCCUUAUCACUGUCAGAUAAAGAAAAAAUUAAUGAACAAUCAUUAGAAUUAUUAAAGAAACAAGAAGAAACGGAAAAUCUUUCGGUAUUACCUACUUUGAAAGUAGGAGAUAUACCAUUACAAAUGAGAAGGUUUAAUUUGGAUUUUAAUGAUGUUGAAGGAUGUAAAGUACAAUGGAGGAAAACAGCUACAAAUGGAAUCACCUAUUUUAAAGCUAUUUGUAAAAUUGAAGAGGAAUUACCUGAAGAAUUGAGAUUAUAUUUUCCUUUAUUUACUCAAGUGUGCACAAAGACUAAAACAAUAGCAGAAUUAGACGACGAAAUACGUCUUUAUACCGGUGGCAUUAGUUGUUCUCCUACUGUGAGCACUGAUCAUUCUGGACAUUGUCUUGACAGAAAUAUAGAUAAUAUGUAUGACAUAAUUAAACAACUUUUAUUAGAAACUAAUUUUGAUAAUGUUGAAAAAUUGAAAACCAUUUUAUAUGGGAAUGCAUCAAACAUGAUGAAUUCCGUUGUCGAUUCAGGACAUGAAUAUGCGAGAACUUUCGCGGCUUCACGAAUUGCACCUGCUAUGGGACUUGCUGAAAUUUAUGGUGGUAUGACACAAGUGUAUUUCAUGAAUAAACUAGCGCAGUCCAAAGAUUUUGAUAUUAUUGUAAACAAAUUAAAGAUUUCAUCAUUGGUAUUAAAUAAACCAUCUUUAAGAGUCGCGAUAAAUUGUAGUUCGGAAAUUGUUAACAAAAAUGAAACCGUAUUAAAAAAAUUUUUGAAUGGAUUUCCCGAAAGUAAUAAUAAUUAUAAUAGAGAUAAAGAAAACAUAGAAAAACUUAAAUUUCAAAUAAAAAAUGAGAAAGCUUUCUUUCCAUUUCCGUUUGCAGUAAAUUUUUGUGCAAAGGCUUUCAGAGGUGUUCCUUAUUCUCAUCCCGACAGUGCUAAAUUACAGGUCUUAUCAUCAUUAAUGAAAACUCACUAUUUGCAUCGAGAAAUUCGUGAACGAAAUGGAGCUUAUGGAGGUGGCGCAGUUUAUUCAUCAACAAAUGGAAUAUUUUCAUUUUAUUCAUAUCGAGAUCCAAAGGCAUUAGAUACAUUAGAAACAUUUCAUAAAUCAAUAAAUUGGGUUUUAGAUAGAAAAUUUACUCAACAGGAAAUUGAUGAAGCAAAAUUAUCAAUAUUUCAAGGUUUAGAUGCACCAAUAAGUGUUUCACAAGAAGGAAAUAUUUAUUUCAGUGAAAGAAUUUCUGAUGAUUUAAGACAAAAACGACGUGAACAAUUAUUAUCAAUAACUGAAGGGGAUGUUAAAAUAGCAGCAAAUUUAUAUUUAAAAAAACAAUUUGAAGGAUCUAAAGAAUAUUCUAUUGCUAUAAUUGGUCAAGAAAGUGAUGAGAUUCAAAAUAAUAGUGAUUAUAAAAUAUAUAAAUUGGAUAUUGGUGAAGAAAAAGAACAGAAAUCUGAAUAA